CUUCCAAUCACCUCUACAUUCGACAAACUGUUCCGAAACAAAUUAUUCCAAUGUAAGUAAACCCCUCACAAGAGAGGGUAUCACGAUUUCAUUGAAAUUCUACUGGAAUUUAUCAUAUUUAGUGCGUGUGUACUUCACAAAUGUGUUAUCAUUUGCACGUCCAGGACGUCGUGCUUUAAAAUCAAACACACCAUUCGGCGCUCAGUUGGAAUUUGCUUGUCCCUAGUGUGUCCACUGCCAAGCUAGUAAAUUAACGAUGGAAGGUGCUGGCAGAACUACGUGGAUGAAAUAUGGCUCUGCAAUCUCAUUGUUUGUCGUUAUUCUGGCCAUUUGGUUUCGGACACCGGACAAUGAGGUACUGGACGGCCGGCUGGACACCGUGUUGUCCUCGCUGCUUCGUGCCGAGAGCAAAGUUGGAAUGAAUCAUGUCGCUCGACCAAAGGUGGCUAUUGGUUUUGGAGGCUGCGUGGACUUGCUCGUCGACGGUGUGUCUCUUCUAAAUAAAAUUGGCCUCACCCCCACCGAUCGGCCCCUCCAUCAUGACUACAUUGAAAAUGCUGAGCAACUAUCUCAGAGCUUCACCUACUUCUUUAUUCCGGGCGCCGCUGCAGAGCGCUUUGUGCUGAAUGAGACACUCUUCAGCGAGCUGGUCGAAGCUUCCCGUGACCUACCUGGAAACAGAUGGUCGGUGGGAGGCAACGCCCCUGUCAUGGCCGGCCGCAUGGCCACCGAGGGAUGUGACGUGUUGCUCGGGGGCAGCUUUAGCCCAGACUUCACCGAUGUCCUAUCACAGCACAUCACUGUUGCAGGUAACAUUGUUGAAGAGCCAGACAUUCAUCUCAUCCUGGAGUAUCCAUCUGGUGCAAAAUGGGGGCAGUAUUCCUCCCAUAGAGCCAACAGGUACAUUGUCCACAGUGAUGACCAUAACCCGUACCUGGCAUCCAUGGAAGAGUUUGCCAAGAAGCUCAAAGAUUUUCAUCCAGACCUUCUGGUCGUGGGCGGUUUACAAAUGAUGGACAACUUUCCGUUUCAGUCAGGUGAGCGUGCCGCUCUGCUUUCCCGCCUGGCCGAAGUGCUGGCCACCUCCUCUCCCACUCUUGGUGUCCAUUUUGAGAUGGCCAGUUUUGUAGAAGAGAGCAUCAUGGAAGACCUGUUGCAUUAUGUCAUCCCUCAAGCGGACUCUCUAGGAAUGAAUGAACAGGAGCUUCCCAACCUGCUGAGCCUCCUCAAAGGCUCCACCAUCACAGUCCUGUCCGACCCCAACCCUCGCGUCGCUACCGUCCUGGACCAAAUGAGGGAGGUCUACCGCAUGGUCAACCAGCGCUACAAAGAUGCCGUAGCUCAAGGCGACGACGCCCAAACGUGGGGAAAGCCCCUGACCCGCCUCCACGUGCACACGUUAGCCUUUCAGGCCAUGAUCGUGACCCGGGGCUCCCAGUGGAAGAACACCAUGUCGGCCACCGCCAAGGCCUCGCUCACAGCCAACCGCCACGUGUGCGGUUCCGACGACAUCGACCCCAACAAGGCCAGGCUCAUCAUGGACGACUCAUUCUCCGUCAGCCGGCGGGAGGGCAGCCAGCGCAUCCCCCUGCAGGAGAGCCGGCCCGUCAGCUGCUGGGAGGAGGACGACUAUGAGAUCUGCGUGGCGCCCGUGCUGGUGUGCACCGAGGUGUACCAGACCGCAGGUGGGGGAGACAACAUCUCAGCCGCUGGCCUGGUGCUGCAGAUCUAAAGCAGAACCCUGCCAUGACUCUCAUCUUCUAGGUGUGAUGCAGAACACAGGCACCGACUCCACUGCCUGUCGGGUUAAUAAUAACAAGUUGUGACCACUCAGAUAAGUGAUAGAAAUUAAUUAACAGAAUACAUUGUAGAGGUUUUGGUCUUUCCUAUCAAUACCUUUAGGAAGCACUCACUGAACGUGUGCUUUACGGGUUUUAUCCACUUGAAUGAGAAAAAAUGUGCUUUUACAGGUUCUCUUUCUAUUUUUAGUUGUUUGGUUUUCAAGCUGGUGGCAAUGUGAAUUUGCAGUUAGCAAACCAGCCGAACAGUUCUGGGCUCGGGGUACGAAUCUGGGCUCUGUUUGCAAGUCCUCCCUGUCCCUCCUUGGGCUGUUCCACAGCCUCAUCCCACAUUCCCCAAAAUGUGCUUGAAAUGGACUCUAAAUUGCCCGUAGGUGUGAAUGUGAGUAUGAAUCGCUUUUUUUUUGUCUGUGUUUCCUGCGAUUGGCUGGCGAACAGUUUCGGGUGUCCCCCGCCUCUCGCUCAUCGUCAGGUUUAGCCUUAAGGUACUGGAUCAAUGUUGAUGUUCAAUUUGCACCGCCAUUCUGCAGCAAACCUAUCCAGAGCUGAUUUGCUUGUUAAAUGUUAAAUUUCUUGCCAUCUACCCGCAAUGUAAACCCUCUUUAAAUGUGCAGAUUAUCUUUUGCUCCAACAGAUUAAUGCACCUCCCUUUGCCAGCACAGUUGCUUUGAACACAACAGGGCAGGAGAAGUGAGUGUUCAAUUGCGGAAUAUUCUUACCACACAGUCGUGCCUCUGUUAAGGCUCUGAUACUGCCUCAGAGGGAAGAAAAUUGUUUGAUUCUGUUCACCUACUCAUUUCAGGUCUGUUCCAUGAGUACAGAACAACUCCAAGGGAAAAGUGGAAAAUUCUGGCUUUUACAGUCGAUGUUAAAUGGGGCUUAUAGUUCUAAAGAGGGAUGAGCGUUUCACUAAAUUUCAUUGAUCGACUAUGCAAAAAAAAAAAAAAAAAGUUAAGUAUUGUUUUUAAAAAAAGAUGGCAUAUUUUUGUGAAUGUUCUAAACUUCUUUUCCAUACCAGAGUUUUGAGUAGGUGUCGGCCUUAACCGAUAGUUCUUGAAACAGCAAACUAGUUGAGUGAAUCAAUGCAGUGCAUGGUAUUUGGGCCCAAAUGUCUUCCAGCGAGUUAUCACCAACCAAUUCCACACAACCCACUGAAUUAUGAUGCUCAUUCCUAGUCUUGAGUUAUAGUACAUUUAGUCAAGAUGAGCCGAGCUGAUUGGUCCGGUCCUAUUUGAACGGCCACACCUGCAUCCUUUCUCCCAUAUGUUGUGAAAUGGAAAGAUAGUGGCUGAUACUUGAGAUGAGCCCAAUAUAUGUGAAAGUAUGGCUUUUGAGCGUGCUAUUUCUUUUAAUGUCAGCUGUGUAAAAUAUCCCAAAAGACGUCCAGGAGACUGCAGAUGCUGGAUUUACUCUCAUUUAAUAUUCGUUCUUUCUCAUGUCUGUUAUCGUGUUUGUCUCUCGCUCUCUAAGGACCAAAGAAGCAGGGAGGACUGCUUUCACGAACAUUCCACUCUCUCUUCACCACUCCACUUUCUACUUCACCACUUUCCACUUCUACUACUACCUUCCAUUAAAUCCACCUUGGGUUUCACGUGUAUCCAUGUUACAUUACAACAGGUGUGAAGUCAAGAAAAUAAGCUACCUAGAUUUGUUCUUAAUGUCAUUCUGAGUUGAUGCUGUGAUGGGAACAUAUGCUGGAAAUAAAUCAUAUAAUUAA